AUGGUUCCAUGGUUAGCACAUGGUCAUGCAACCCCAUUUUUUGAACUUGCCAAAAAGCUCUCCAAACACAACCUCCAUAUCUAUCUUUGUUCUACUUCUGCUGUCCUUAAUUUCCUCAAACAAAGCCAAGAAAAUUACUACUUAUCAUCAAACAAUACAAGUAGUAUCGAACUCAUAGAACUUCACUUGCCAUCGAUGCCUGAACUUCCUUCACACCACCAUAGCACCAAAGGCCUUCCUAACCAUCUCUAUCCAAUCCUUCUUAAGGCCUUUCAAAUGUCUGGUGAAAUUUUUUCCAAAAUCGUUGACGAUCUUAACCCUGAUUUGAUCAUAGAGAAUUUCUUUCAGACGUGGGCUUUAGAUGUCGCGUUAUCAAGAAAUAUUCCUGUUGUUAAUUUCGGAGUUACCAGUGCAUCAUCAUACUCUUUUAUGUAUCAUCUUUAUUUGCACGAUGGUGCUAUCGAUGAUUUCCCUUUCCCGGAACUCUGUCUUCAUGACAAUGAGGUACGAACAUUACUGAGCCCGGGGGACACUAAAUCUAUAACAACAUUUAUGGAAAUGUCUUUCUGUUUUAAUACACUCAAAAAGUCUUCUAGCAUCAUUUUGCUAAACAAUUGGAAAGAAACUGAGGUUAAAUAUAUGCACUAUUUUUCCUCCAUAACGAAUAAGAAGAUUUUGAGCGUUGGUCCGCUUAUAGGACAAAUUGAUCAAAACACUAGUAGUGGUGAUUAUAUUUCUCAGGAUGAUUCGGAUAUCAUACAAUGGCUAGACAAGAAAGAUCGAUUUUCAACUGUUUACGUUGUAUUUGGAAGCGAAAAUGUAUGGUCAAAGGAAGAUAUUCAAGAGAUUGCUCAUGGAAUCGAGCUGAGUAAUGUGAACUUUUUAUGGGUACUUAGGUAUCCAGGGCGUGAUGGACGAAGUUGUGAUGUUGAAGAAGUUUUGCCCGAAGGGUUCGUGAAAAGAGUAAAGGACAGAGGACUUGUUGUAUCAAAAUGGGUGCCACAUGCCCGAAUCAUGAGGCACCCGAGCAUCGGAGGAUUUUUGACUCAUUGCGGAUGGAAUUCUACAAUUGAAUGUAUGCAUUUUGGGGUUCCACUAAUUGCAAUGCCAUAUAAUAUUGAUCAGUUUCUAACUGCAAAGUAUGUGGUUGAGCUUGGCAUAGCUUUGGAGGUUGGGAGAGAUGAAAACGUAAGGUUAGAAAGAGAGGAGAUCGCGAAAGCCAUAAGAAAUGUUAUUGCGGAGAAGAAGGGAGAAGAAUUGAGGACGAAAUCCGGAGAAUUGAGUGAGAAAAUAAGAAUAAAGGAAAAAGAAGACAUUGAAGAAGAAGCUGUGGAGGAACUUAGGAAGCUUUGCUUGAUGAACUAG